GCCAGGCGCCUCGGAGACCUUUUGUUCAGGUCGUGCAUUAGAGCCCGUCAGCUCGGCAUUGUCCCCAAGCCUGUGCAGUAGCUGUCGAUCGAUUUCUCGAGGAGCUCCAAUUUCUUCGAUUCAGGCUCAUACGCACGCAGCAAUGGCGCAGACCGUGUGCAUGGCUGGUAUCAGCGGCGUCAAGCUGGAGGGCUUGGCCGCCCAGGGAGCCGUUAAUUCGCGCGUUCUCAAUGGAACCGCCAGCAGCGUCUGCGUGCGCCCAGGGAGGAUGAACGUUGUCGCCCUCAGUUCCCAGGACGAGACCUCGAGCAGGAGGUCUCUGCUCGGUUUGAUCGCCACCUCCGUCGCCGCAGGUGUCUUCGUCAGCGACGCCCACGCCGUCUCUACGAUCAAGUUGAACCCACCCCCACCUCCCAGCGGUGGUCUUGGCGGAACCAAGAAUGCCGAUCAGGCUAGGGACACCGAUCUUCCCCUGAAGGACAGAUUCUUCAUCCAGAAAAUCUCCGACGGUGAGGCCCUCGAGCGCCUUAAAGUCGCUGCCAAGGCUGUCUCUGCCACCAAGGCCGAUAUCGAGAGGAAGGCCUGGCCAUACGUUCAAAAUGGACUCCGUGGAGAGGCCCAGACUUUGUUCCCCGACAUGGACCAACUGAUCGCCUCCAAGAAGACCAGGGAAGAGAGGAAGGCACUCAUUGGAUUGAAGACCAGCAUCAAGGAUGCUCUCGAUGGAUUGGACUACGCAUGCAGGACAAAGAACCUCGCCAACGCACAGAAGUACUAUGAUCAGGCAGUCAGUGGCAUCAGCGAAAUCAUCCCCAAGCUCGGUUGAUUUUGAACUGUGUAACAUGUUGUGAAAAAUACCACGACCAAAGCGUCACCUGUAAGUUUAUUAUCCAAUUCUUUUGUUCUGGAAACGUGAGUCGUCCGGUUAGUCUGGAAAUUGAGGCGUUGUUGCCAUGCAUUUGUACGACAAUGAUGCCAAUGAUGUAUUUGAAUGUGUAAAUCCGUCGAUAAUACAAAAUUGCCCUUUUCAAACACACGACUUCCUAGCGUUAUGUCCAUUACCAAAACAUUGAUUUGGUAACGGCCAUUACGAUUUACGUCGUUGAAAGUCACAUUGAUGAAUUGACUCAUUGUGGAUGAUAUCCUGCGCACCUGAUCUUCAUGAUGACCAUACGAACGAGGAAGUGGUAGGCAGGA